AUGCUCUCUUUUGCCAUUCUUGUUCUUUGCCUCUGGGCAAGCGGGCUGGGAGUCGUUGCCGCUCCCUCGGCGAACUACUUCUGGUCGUCCUGGAGCGACGGCAAGCCCAAGCUCACCACAAAGAAUGGCGCCGACGGGAAAUUCAGCGUCAAGUGGUCUGGGGACAAGGGCAACUUUGUGAUUGGGAAAGGCUGGAGCACGGGCGGCGCAAGGGAGGUGACGUACUCGGGCUCGUUUGAGCCCGUGGGCAACGGCUACCUAAGCAUCUACGGGUGGAUGACCAACCCGCUCGUCGAGUACUACAUCAUCGAGGCGUACGGCACGCACAAGCCGUCCAACACGUCCGAGGCCAAGAUGAAGGGCAACUUCACGAGCGACGGCGGCUCGUACGAGAUCAUGACCAAGCAGAGAGUCAACAAGCCGUCCAUCCAGGGCACCGCCACCUUUGCCCAGUACUGGUCCAUCCGCUCCGAGAACAAGAUCGGCGGAACUGUGAAUACCGGCAACCACUUCAAGGCCUGGGAGGCGGCUGGCUUAAAGAUGGGCAAGCAGAACUACAUGAUUGUUGCCAUCGAGGGCCAGGACUCCAGUGGAACCGCCGACAUCACGGUUGGCGUGCCACCCGCGCCGGCAGCCACGGAGACCUAGGCUGUCUUCGAUGUCGGUGGUAAAUCUCUCUCGGCUAGAGGUUGGCUCUAGGCUGUGAAGUUAGGUGCCUUGUCAAAUUCUGGGCGGUGCCGGAAGCACGGCAUCUGGGCAUCGUCCCUGGCGCAGUGAAACGAUAGCUCGAUGUCGUGCUUAAUAUACUUUUUUGCUGCAUGAUAGUGGCUCAAGUUGAAUUGAUUAGCUGACGGGGAAAACAGAGCAUUGCUGUUUGGAAAGCUGAUUUGUG